GUUGCGAAUUCUGCACUCAUUUCAGACGUGAGUGUCCUGGCGAGAUCGGCCUCCUCGAUAGAAGCGUCGGUUGAGAGAGAGGCCAUCGCUCACAGGAUUCUGCUCGACAGAUCUCUCCUUGCUUGUACGGAAGGAAUGGGUGACGAGAAUGCAUUUUGCCGUCAGUGAUGCAUGCCUGUGUGCUCUUCUCGUCAGCCGUGUGCGGGUGACGCCAUGGCGGCUUCGGCCUCAUCUUCCUCUGCUGCUAUUCCGCCUCACUCAGACGUCAGCCGAUACACAGAGAGGCACACAUACAAUCAUCAUUUGUCAGUGUAGACGUUUGUUUGUUUGCUUGUUUGUUUGUUUGUUUGUUUGUUUGUUUGCUUCAUCAGGUGACGCCACGGUCUGCGAGUAGUCGUUACCAGGAGGGCACCCGUGUGGUGCUGCUGUCGAGCACCAAGAGGGCUCCCACCGACGACUACGUGUGGGUCACGGCAAGAGUACAUCGCAUCGACCCACACGUGGUCUACGAGAAGGAGGGCACUCUGCGCGAGGGGACGGCGCUGUUCAUGAGGGAAGUGGGCGGCAUGCGAGAGGAGUUCAAAGUGGUGGUGCCGAACAACGAGACCAUGACGCUCACUCACACAAACCCACAGCCACCCGUGGUAGGCAAACACCUCAACAGAAAGAUCUAUGGACCCUGCUUGAUGCUUCUCUUCGCUUCCUGUCUGUCUAUCUGUUUGUCUGUGUGCAGCUGUGGGAUGUUAGCAAGAAGGUACACGCACACAAUCAGACAGCGACACACGACACACACAAACGAUGUCAGCCACUCUCAUGUUGCCGCCUUCCGGGUCCCUUGGUCACUUCUCUGCCUCAGGCACCUGUACGCUUUGGCGACGACCUUCUGGCGUCGUUGUGUAGCUUCAUGACCCCUCGCGAGCUGUCGGCCAUUCUCCCACAGCCCCGCGUUCAACAGCAGCCGCACAUCACCAUCAAACCUUCCACCGACGGAGGGGAAGAAGGCACCGGGUCCCCCAACAAGAAGUCUCGCAGGCAGAAGCCCAUACUCAGAGAAUCUGGCUGGUAAGUGCGCAGGUGGAUGACAAGAAGGCAUUGGUUGGAUGCCAAGAGCGAGCGGUGCACCCGCCUCUGCCUCCUCUGUGAUCUUUGCGUCAGCCGUCUUUCGUCCGUUGGCGGCCACGGCAGUGCUCCCUCACCCCUCUCGGCCAUCACAUCGUCUCCCGACCUGCCGUCGACCAAUGGCGGCCCGCUCUUUGCGGGUGCCGCCUUCGGAUCGUCCAAUGGCGAGACGACGGCAGCGUCGAAGGAGGAGCCGGCGGACGUGGAGCUGCCGGGUGUGCCAUCGGUAUCAUCUCUCUUUGGCGGCUUAUCUCUGUCCGGCACAUCAACGGGAGAGGGGGGCCUGUCGGACAGAGUUGCUGCAGCUGGGUCAUCAGGCGGCGGCCCCCCUUCGCUGUUCACAUUUGGCGCAGCCACAGCGGCAGCCAAACCACGGACCCGCGCCAAGCGCGUGAGUGCUGCCCGUCCGGCUGCCUCGACCUCCGCAGGCCCAGCAACCACCACCAUCCCAGCCCCAGUGGACCUCUUCGACGGCACCAUCCAGACACACGGUGGCAGCACCUUCGCACCUGCCAAAGCACCACCCACAGCACAGUCGACGACCACAGCCGCCAGCGGCCUAUUCGACAUCGGCAGGGCAUCUACGCGGGGAGGAGGUGGCAACCUGUUUGGUGGCGGGGCAGCGUCGGGUGGUGGCUCUCUGUUCGGUAGAGUCGGGUCGACGGGCAGCCGGCUCAGCGGCACCGGCACAAGAACGGGUCGCACAUUCGGGCAGACACCGGGGAGCGUGUUGGGCGGCAGCAUCUUUGGCAGCACUGGUGAGUGACGUGGAUGGAUGGAUGGAUGGCUGGACGGAUGGAUAAAUUGCGUGCUGGCUGCAUGUGUGUGGGUCGAUCAGGUGUCGCGGCGUCAUCUGUCGCCCGUCGAGCGUCGUUGUCGACUGGCGAGAGCCUGUCUGGCGGUGCGGCCUUCGGUCAGCAACCAUCCGGCGGCGCCGCACAGAGCAGCCCCUCCCUCAUCCACACGGCCGCCCUUCACCAGCAGACCCUCAUCGCUAUCGACUCUUCCACCGAUGCCGACCGUCAGUUCUGGGAGAGCAUGACGCCUGAGGAGGCCUUCCGGCUCGGCAGGCGACUCAUCAACCUCACAGCCGUCACCGUCGUGCAGCCACGCAGCGACCGGUUGUGGUGUCUGGACAACAUGAUAAGCGUCGUAGAGGGCCAUGCGGACGGGCGUCGCGAGGCGUGCGAGAAGGAGGGCCAGCACCACAUGGCGAAGGGAUCUCUGGAGACCAUCCACUUCACCACCACCACCAGCAGCACCAGCAGUGUGGAGCAGCACCGUCCCCCUAUCCCUCCUUCAUUCGCCGCCCCACGACCGACCCUCCAUGCGCUCAGGGCCAUCACAGGAGCCGUCCAACAGCACAGUGUGCUGGUCAACACGGGCUGGAAGAUGCCUCCACUCGAGUAUGUCGAUCAGGAGGGGUGGGAUGCCGACGAGCUGGGCCGAUUUAUCAGGUCGUCCUCCUCGCUGAAAGAGGUGGGGGGCUGUCGGUGGACCUGGGGGGAGUGGGCGACUUUCUUUGAGCACUUCCUUGAGGCACCUGCUGGGCAGCCAGGGCCGCUCAAGCACUUGCAAACCAUCGGAGAGAUCGAGUAUGACGAUAAUGAGGAGACACCAGAUCAAUACCGGCAGGGGGUCCGGCGGCUCUAGGUAGGCCAUGAACACACAAAGACGCCUCAACCGCCCCUAUCAUACGCACACACGAAUGGCGUCCAUCUCUCUCUGUUCCUUUCUAGGAUGUGCUCACGUCGCGCGGCUGCCGCAAGUCGCUCACAAGGCUCGACGUACGGAUUCCACAACUCACGGGCCACGACAGCCUCUCUGCCCUGCUCGCUGUCGACAACUUCAUCAACACGUGCUGCGUCUCGCCGGACGUGCCGCUCAACGUGCGGGUCUGGCGUCUGAGCAACUUCCAGCUGUCCGUCUUCUACGCUGACGCCCUUCCCUCUCGCCCAUCGCCCUUCAUCAAGACGGCCAUCCAGGAGGCGGCACGGCGGGCGAUGUACGUGACCUACACCCUCAGCCAGUAUGACAUCACCCACCCCAUCGACGAGCCCAGCCAGGCGGCCAUCGAGAUCGCAGAGAGCCUCACAUUCGACAGCGUGAGGGAGGUGACGGUCUCCAGCGCCCACGGCUUCGGCCCCCCUCCCGGCACACCCUCACACCCACCAUCAUCAACCACCUGCAGCCGUUCCCAGCGGCCAGAGAGCUGCAUGUCUUCAGCCGUCUAG